AUGAACAAUGAAUGGGAGGAUACUUACCCGAACGAUCCAACUUGGCAAGAUGAUGAGGGUUCGCCAGUCUUCAAUCGCUUGCAAAAGAACCAUGAAUACUACAAACCAAGACAGCAUGUCGGGUACACUGAAGAGGCAGAAAGAGAUUUUCGCCUCGCCUAUCGUCCAGCUGAAGCUGCAGAGCAUUCAAAGUUCAUUCCAAAAAUUGCGCAAGCGCCACUUUCAAGAGAGAAGUUACCUCCGACAGUUGGAAAGUUUAACGGAUUGACUGAUCCCGAUGAUCACGUCAGAACUUUCACAAGCGUAGGUUGCAUGGGAGGAUGGAAUAUGCCUAUGUGGUGCCAUCUGUUCAUUCAAACUCUUACAGGGGCUGCUCGCGCCUGGUUCGACAGCCUUCCUCCGGGAAAGAUCAAGUCAUGGGUGGAUUUCAAGACGCAGUUCCUGAGUUACUUCAGUCAACAAAGACGUUACCAGCGUGACACAGCUGAGGUAGAGGACAUCUGGCGCAGAGAUAACGAGGGUUUAGAAGAUUUCAUCACUCGCUUUAAGAAGGAGUGCUUAGAGAUUGGUGGCGUAAGCGAACAACUCAUGCGUUGCCACUUCAAGAAAGCCAUUCGCUGUGAUAGUCUCAUCAAAACAAUCACUAGGAAAGAUGGAAUGCCCAAAGAAUGGGAUAAACUCAUGGAAGCCGUGAAAAUUGUCGCGCAAACUGAAGAGUUACUCGCCGAAAACAAGAAUCAUUAUUCUGAAGACCGAUUUUCCAAGGGAAACUCGCGCGAUCACAACAAGCGCAACAAGUAUAAAAGUCACGAUUGGAAAUUCGGAAGAUCAAGGGGACAUGACGAGAGGCCGCGCUAUAGAGAAGAUGCGCACGACACAAUUGAUAGAAUCGGCUAUCAAGAAGCAGUCAGGGAUGAUAACCGAGAAAAGCACUGGACUCCGCUCAUAAAAACACCAAAAGAGGUGUUGAUGACGGAGAAUCAUGAUUUUAAGGCUCCAAGGCCUAUGACAAACAAGAAGGGGCAAGACCCCAACAUGUACUGCGACUUCCACAAAGAUACAGGGCACCUAACAGAUGAUUGCUUCAGUUUACGUCAAGAGAUUGAGAGAGCGCUAAAAAUUGGGAAGCUAAGCCACUUGGUGAAAAACGUGUGCAAAGAAACUCGGCAGAUUCAACGCCAUGAUGAAGGGAACCACAAGAAAGUUCGACGCCUAGAAACACAUAUGGUCAAUGGACCAAGAUACAGCGUGAAAGAGAAAGGCAAGCGCCCUUAUGAACCCUCAUGGCAAGAGCAACAGGUCAAUUUCCCGGGAGUACGCGGCGGGCCUCGCGCCACUCGACCCGUCGUCAUCACCGGUAUUAUCGGACAUUAUGAAACGGAGUAUGUCUUCAUUGACCCAGGAAGUACAGCUGAUAUCAUCUAUGAGCAAUGUUUUAAUCAGUUUGAUGAGGAUGAUAAAGCGAGACUUGAGCCAGUUGAUUACCCACUGUCUGGAUUUUGCAACGAAAUGGUCUUCCCGCUAGGCCAAAUCAGCUUCCCCGUCACGCUCUCUGACGGGAAGCAUUCGAGAACCACAAAUGUAAACUUCAUGGUGAUGCCUGUCAAAUCAAGGCAUGAUGUGUUGAUUGGGAGAGAAACCCAAAGCGAGCUAAACAUGGUAACCUCCACCCCCCCACUCAGCGAUAGGGUUUCCAACCAAGACGGAGGUGGCAAUUAUCUAUGCUAA